CCUGCCACGUCAUCACGCAUCGUUUCUAAACAACACUCAGGCAAAAAGAAAAAAAAAGCCACGUUGACGUUACAGAGUGAAGUGUAGUCCACGAUUUGAGGCAGAAUAAAGCAGGACUUUUGUUUGUCCGACGCUCCGGUCUCUCCUCGCUGCAGACCCCAGAUCAGUACAGACAUGUCAUCGCCGCCGAAGGAGAAAGUGGAAACGAAAGGAGGACAUCUCCCUGCAGUUAAGGCAGGAGGUAUGAGGAUAGUGCAGAAGCACCCGCAGGCAGCUGCUCCAGAUCCACCGCAGAAAGAGGAAGAGGAUGAUGAUGAGGAGGAGUACGUCAGCAGCAGUCCACCAAAAGUCCCCAUUAUUGUGUCUGGAGUGGUGACAAAGGGUGAUAAGGACUUCACCCCUGCGGCCGCCCAGGUGGCUCAUCAGAAGCCCCAGCCUUGUGUCUCCAAGCUGCCACCUGCCCAGCACCUCAACCAGCACAUCCACCAGCCCCGCAAGUGAACUAGGCAGCAAGCUCCAAUGGCUACGCCUACUCCACCAGCCGGCCUUCCCCAUGAAACACAAAGGAUGAAGAUGUUUCCCCAUCAGGCACAGAUCACCUCUAAAUAAUCAGAGUAGUUUUUUUUUUGUAAGCCUUCUUGAAUUAAAUAUAUGAUAAAUUUCAAAAUCAGCAACAAGACACCCAAUGCGAAUACAGCCGUUGUAGAAGUUCCAAUCUUUACACACGUGCUGCAUUGGCGCCGCACUAUUCGUUCUGCACUUUUGUUUUAACAGCUGUACAGUCUUAAGGUGGUAUGCAUGGGCGGGUUGUUUUCUUAAAUUGCUAUUAUUCUAGGAUUAAAAAUGAAUGAAGAAACCUAAGAUCUGAGUCUGUGUGGGGAACUUUCAGCCCAGUGAAGUGCCGACCAAUACCACAUCACAGCAACCUAUCAAUCCGGCCAACUAGCCAACCAAUCACCACAGCCUAAGCGCCAUCCUUCUACCAAUGAUCUUCACAGAUAAAUCAGGAGGUGGACUCCAGUUUUUCAUUAUCAACACAUACCAAAAAAGAACACAGACAGCAGCUUCUCGUAUAUUAAACGCAGUUCGAUGUGUGGAUCACUGAGACUGUUGCCAAAUUGCACGGUACAGCAUGGACCAGAGAGAGGUAGAGCAUCUAAAUACAUGACAGCAUUAACCAAUCAUUAGCCCUAACACUAACCGGCAAGUUUGACAAGCAUUCCAAUUGGCCAAUUCAAUAUUAUAGAUUGCCCAAUAAGGAGAACCAAUGAGAUGUAAAAAGAAUCCCACUUCUCUUUUAUGAUGGCUGUUAUUACCCAAGUAGCUACUUGAUGCAUGUCGUUAGUGUUAUGACUUAAGAAUGCUAGGCUACGCUUUCAGCACACGCUUAUAUAGCUUUUCGGCCGUAGCAAAGUCUGUUCAGCUUUUGCUACAGUUUCCUUCUAUGUUGCCGUUCUUACCUUUAUUUAAUAGACAGGAGUCUUACUGAUCUCUAUAUUUCCCUGCCUUGUUGGAGCUGUAAUAAUGUCUAUGGUUCCCUGGCGAUGUUAAUUUGAAUGCAAACUCAACCUGCUUCACGGUAAAAGUAUCCCAUCAGUGCCUCAUUGCUCAGGAUGUUUUCCGUCUCAUUUGACUCGCAUGGAUUAACAUUUUAUUUGCUUCACACCAGAGUCAACUGAAAUGUAUCCCAAAAAAUGUAUGAAAUCUUAGGCUGCUGUGAAGCAGCUGCAGGAUGUUUUGUGUUUGCAUUAACAUUAGUCUGAACAUCCAAUCAAAGCAUUGCAGAGAAGUAGCUCAGAAAAUAGGGAGGCUCUUAACUGUACGAUGAAGGUAAACUAGGCAAUCGCUGGGCAAAAACAUUCCAUAGAAAACUGUUUGAAAAAAUAUGUUGACUAUGUGACAGUUUUUCAGUGUUCAAGGACAAUACAUUGAUUUCUACUUGGCAGGAUAUCCGCAGGUAUAGAAAUCUGUAUCAGCUCCCCCAAAAAUAUCAAUACACACAGAUACAAACCACCCUUAUCCUUAAUCACCCAUUCCCUUACACUCAAGUGUCAUUUGUUUCAACACUAAUGUUCAGGUUUCCAUGAAAGAGAGAAAGAAAUUUGUCAUGCCAAGAAGGAAUGAUUUCCUAUGUUAAUUUAAUUAAGUUUAAAAGAGAUUUAUUUUUGUUUUUCUCCGUUCUUUUUCUUGAGUAAAUUGUUCAAAUUGUAUAAAUCUUUAGUCAUUGAGUGGACUUAGGUAUUAGGUGUGGUUGUCAUAGUAAAUAAAGAUGUAGACUAUCUUGAAAAAAA